GUUCUUUAUCUAGAUAUAUCAAUCAAUCAUAGACUCUUUAUAACCAUUCAAAUUCAUCAAGACGAGAAUAAAUAAUUUAAUAUAUUUUCUACGAGCUCUUUCAUCUCUCUAUUAUUUGUUUUUUUUUCUCAGAUUUUCUCAAACACAUCUCAUAUUCUUUUCAACCGGCCAGUCAUGGGUAGUGAUCAUCAUGGUCAUCGAAAGCUCCAUGUCAUGUUCUUCCCUUUCAUGGCUCAUGGCCACAUGAUACCAACUCUAGACAUGGCUAAGCUUUUCUCUAGCAGACGAGCCAAAUCCACAAUCCUCACCACACCUCUCAACGCCAAGAUCCUCCAGAAACCAAUCGACGCAUUCAAGAACCUGAAUCCUGGUCUUGAAAUCGACAUCCAGAUCUUCGAUUUCCCUUGCGUGCAGCUCGGGUUACCACAAGGAUGCGAAAACGCUGAUUUCUUCACUUCAAACAAUGAUGAUGGAAACGAGAUGGAAUUGAAAUUCUUUUUCUCGACAAGGUUUCUCAAAGACCAGCUUGAGAAGCUCCUUGAGACAACGAGACCAGACUGUCUUAUCGCCGACAUGUUCUUCCCCUGGGCCACUGAAGUUGCUGGGAAGUUCAAUGUGCCAAGGCUUGUGUUCCACGGCACUGGCUACUUCUCUUUAUCAACUGGUCAUUGCAUCAGAGUGCAUAAACCACAAAACAGAGUAGCUUCGAGCUGUGAGCAAUUUGUGAUUCCUGAGCUCCCUGGGAACAUACUGAUUACUGAAGAACAGAUCAUAGAUGGUGACGGAGAGUCUGAGAUGGGGAAGUUUAUGACUGAGGUUAGGGAAUCGGAAGUGAAGAGCUCAGGAGUUGUCGUGAAUAGUUUUUACGAGCUUGAACCUGAUUACGCCGAUUUUUACAAAAGCUCUGUACAGAAGAGAGCCUGGCACAUCGGUCCGCUCUCUGUUUAUAACAGAGGAUUUGAGGAGAAGGCUGAGAGAGGAAAGAAAGCAAACGUUGAUGAGGUAGAAUGCCUCAAUUGGCUUGACUCCAAGAAACCAGAUUCAGUCAUUUACGUUUCUUUUGGGAGCGUGGUAAACUUCAAGAACGAGCAGCUCAUCGAGAUCGCUCAAGGAUUAGAAGCUUCUGGCUCAAGUUUCAUUUGGGUCGUUAGGAAAAAUACAGGUGACAAUGAAGCAUGGUUACCAGAAGGGUUCGAAGAGAGGGUGGAAGGUAAAGGGAUGAUAAUAAGAGGAUGGGCUCCUCAGGUGCUGAUACUUGAACACCAAGCGAUCGGUGGGUUUGUGACCCAUUGCGGCUGGAACUCGCUUCUCGAAGGAGUAGCUGCAGGGGUACCGAUGGUGACAUGGCCGGUUGGAGCGGAGCAAUUCUACAACGAGAAGUUGGUUACGCAAGUGCUGAGGACAGGAGUGAGCGUGGGAGCGAAAAGACAUAUGAAGGUUAUGGGAGAUUUCAUUAGCAGAGAGAAAGUGGAUAAAGCGGUGAGGGAGGUGUUGGUUGGGGAAGAGGCAGAGGAGAGGCGGAGGCGGGCCAAGAAGCUGGCGGUGAUGGCUAAAUCCGCAGUGGAAGAAGGAGGGUCUUCUUUCAACGACUUAAAUAACUUCAUAGAAGAGUUUAGUUCAUAAUUUUACAUAUAGAUUCCGUUUAGGAAUCUCCUAUGAGAAGUAAAGAUGUAACCUAAUGCAAAUAUAUAUAAGAGACAAAGCAUAGGCUAAGUGAAUAAAGCACCGUUAAUUAGCAUACGGAUUAAGAUGCAAAGUUAAUGAAUAAUGGAUUUGGUAUUUGAGUUACUCUUU